AUGUUUGCAAAUGAGACCGGUCUUCAAGGGUGGUUGCGCUAUGCUCCCCUUCCUGCAGAGAUCAUCAGCCACCACCCAAGUUUCUCACACAUCGUUGCUUUAAGUCGCUCUGAAACAAGUCCCGUUUAUACCGCAGCAAAGGAACUUCAAGAUGGCUUGAAGAAACUACUAAAUCUAAAUGUGAACAUCGUGAAGACGCCCGCCGAGAUUGCGAAAGUACCGUCACCGAAAAUUGUUAUCGGAACCUUCGAUUCAUUCUCCUUAAGCGACGAGAAAAUCGAAAUAGAUAGGAUCCCAGACUUGAAAGAAGAUGGACACUGGCUCAGUACUCGAAAAAUCGAUUCUAGUACUACAGACGUGUUGAUUGCUGGCCAGAAUGAACGCGGGGCACUUUACGGAGCAUUUGAGUUCCUGAUGCUCUUGGUCCAGAAUAAACCCUACCCCGAAGGCCACACAAGCAGCCCUCACGCACCGAUUAGGUGGAUCAAUCAAUGGGAUAAUCUUGAUGGGACUAUCGAGCGAGGAUACGCUGGGCCAUCCAUCUUCUUCAAAGAUGGCGCGGUUAUGGAUGACCUUACCCGUGUCGCCCAGUAUGCGCGUUUAAUGGCGUCAGUUGGGUUAAAUGGUAUUAUUGUGAAUAAUGUAAAUUCACAUUGCAACUUACUCAAUCCAAUCAACAUGAAGGGACUUGGACGUAUUGCUGAUGUUAUGCGUCCAUGGGGUGUACGAAUCGGAGUCGCUCUGUACUUUGACACUCCAAAGGAUCUUGGUGGCUUACCUACAUCUGAUCCUCUAAACCCGGACGUCGUUGCUUAUUGGAACGACCUCACUACCCAAUUGUAUAGGAAUGUCCCGGAUUUGUUGGGAUACCUAAUCAAAGCCAAUUCGGAAGGCCAACCUGGCCCAUUAACAUACGGUCGCACACUUGCCGAUGGCGCCAAUCUCUUUGCGCGAGCCCUCAAGCCUCAUGGUGAUGGGGUGGUCAUGUAUCGUGCCUUUGUGUAUAAUCAUCACUUGGAUGAGUCUGACUUGAAGAACGAUCGAGCCAAUGCUGCGGUCGAGUUCUUUGAUGGUCUAGAUGACGAGUUUGAGGAUAAUGUGUUGGUGCAGAUCAAGUACGGACCGAUUGAUUUCCAAGUACGGGAACCCCCAUCUCCCUUGCUCUCUCGCCUGCGUCGGACACCAAUUAUUCUUGAAUUCCAAGUCUGCCAAGAAUAUCUCGGUCAACAAAGCCACCUUGUUUACCUACCUCCGUUGUGGAGAACCAUUCUUGAUUUUGAUCUCAGGAUUGAUGGGACGCCAUCAUGUGUUCGGGACGUCGUGUCUGGUAACAAGUUUGGCUGGAAACGCAGUGGUUAUGCGGCUGUUGUCACCGUGGGACAGGAUAGCACCUGGCUUGGCAGCCAUUUGGCCAUGUCUAAUCUCUACGCUUAUGGCCGUUAUUGUUGGGAUCCGUUAAGCGACGAGGUCGCUGUUAUCCAGGACUGGACACGACUAACGUUUGGGUCUCAUCCCACCAUUGUUGAUACAAUAACUAAAAUCUCAAUGGAAUCGUGGCCGGCGUACGAGAACUACAGUGGUAAUCUAGGCAUUCAGACAUUAUGUGAUAUUGUGAAGCAUUGCCACUAUGGGCCAAGUCCUGCAGCCAUGGACGGCAACGGCUGGGGUCAGUGGACGCGUGCAGACGCCCACGCUAUUGGCAUGGAUCGCACAGUUGCCACUGGUACCGGUAAUGCUGGUCAGUAUCCUCCAGAGGUGGCAGCUAUGUUUGAAGACAUCAAGACUACCCCGGACGAUCUUCUUCUCUGGUUUCACCAUGUCCCUUAUACAUAUCAGCUGAAGUCGGGUAAAACGGUUAUUCAACAUUUCUAUGACGCUCAUUACGAAGGAGCUAAGGCGGCUCAGACGUUUCCUAUACAAUGGCAAGCCUUGCGUGGGCUGAUUGAUGAGAACCGAUUUCAGCACACCGCACUCCGCCUUACAUAUCAGGCCGGCCACUCCAUUGUCUGGCGCGAUUCUAUCAAUAACUUCUACCAUGCUAAAUGCGGAAUCCCUGACGAACAGGGUCGUGUAGGCAAUCAUCCUUGGCGUAUUGAAGCGGAGGAUAUGGAACUCAGUGGAUAUAAAGUCGUGCCCAUCACGCCAUUUGAGGCAGCUUCUGGUGGUAAAGCUAUCAUUACCAUGUCCAGUACCAUUCCCGGAAAGGCCAAGUGUAUUGUUCAUUUCCCUACCGGUACAUAUAACCUUGCUGUGAAUUACUAUGACCAUCUCGGAGGGAAGUCCCAGUACCAGAUUUUCAUCAAUGACAGGCUAAUUGGUAGCUGGGCUGGUGAUCUCGAAGACAAGCUGCUGCAUGAUUUCUCUGACCUUCGUGAUGGUCAUUCAGCAACGCGAAUCACAUUUAAUAGUGUUGAGAUUGCAAAGGGCGAUGUUCUUGAGAUCGUUGGUACACCCGACGGUACUGAGUUGGCCCCGAUAGACUACGUUUCGUUUCUCCCCGAGGACAUAAUUGACUAG